CGCGCGCGUCGCCCGCACACGCAGACCGUACCUACCUUCUUUUUGAAGAGAGAUGGCCUCCAUCGUGAACGCCGCCUCCGCGGCCUCCCGCGUCGCCGCGCCCUCCAAGGCCACCGCCGCCUCCAACAUGGCGCGCGCCUCCGCCUUCCACGGCCUUCGCGCCCACAAGGCCUCCUCCGUCAAGGCCUCCGCGCGCUCCGGCGCGCAGGUCGUGAAGGCCUCGGCCGAUUCGGACGCCGCCACCUUCGGGCGCCGUGACAUCGCCAAGGGCGCGCUCGCCGGCCUCUCCGCUGCGGCCAUCGCCGCGAUGCCCGCGGGCCCCGCCAAGGCUGAGGAGGUGUCCAAGUUUUGGGAGAUCGUCGACCUCCCGCUCGAGCCCGGGGUCAUCCUCCUGGACAUCGCGUUCGUCCCCGACGAUCCCAAGCACGGAUUCCUCCUCGGUACCCGCCAGACGAUCCUCGAGACCUUCGACGGCGGCAAGACCUGGGACUUUAAGUCCAUCCCCGCCGCCUUUGACGACGAUGUGAACUACCGAUUCAACUCCGUUUCCUUCAACGGCAAGGAGGGCUGGAUCGUCGGCAAGCCCGCGAUUCUCCUCCACACCACCGACGGCGGCGACACGUGGGAGAGGGUCGGCCUCUCCCCCAGGCUCCCCGGCGCCCCCGUGCUCAUCACCGCCACCGGCCGAGCGGGCCAAGCCGAGAUGGUCACCGACGAGGGCGCAAUCUACCUCACCACCGACGCGGCGCGAAACUGGAAAGCCGCCGUGGAGGAGACCAUCUCCGCCACCCUCAACCGCACGGUGUCCUCCGGCGUGCAGGGUGCCUCCUACUACACCGGCACCCUGUCCACCAUCGCGCGGAACAACGACGGCGACUACAUCGGCCUGUCGUCGCGCGGCAACUUUUACAUGACCUGGUCCCCGGGCCAGGCGUACUGGCAGCCGCACAACCGCUCCUCGGGCCGCAGGGUGCAGAGCAUGGGCUGGCGCCCCGACGGUGGGAUCUGGGAGCUCACUCGCGGCGGCGGCAUCUUCUUCAGCAACACCGACGGGCUCCCCGAGAACGACGACGACUUCUCCGAGGGUAAGAUUGGCAGCCGCGGCUUCGGCUUGCUCGACCUCACGGCCAAGCCCAACGGCAAGCAGUUCUGGAUCGUGGGUGGCUCGGGCAGCGUCUUCUACUCCAACGACGCGGGUAAGAGCUGGAAGCGCGACCGCGGGACCGACAACGUGGCGGGUAACCUCUACAACGUCAAGUUCAGCUCCGACGACAGCGGAUUCAUCCUGGGCAACGACGGCAUCCUCCUCCGCUACGUCGGCCCCAAGUAAAGACAAGACGGGGGUUGAGAAUGGGGGGUUGAUGAGGAGGUCUAGUGGCGAGGCGAUAUAGCAGAUGUCGAAAUUUUAAUAUUCGAGGUCAACUUUGUGU